CAUUUGAGUUUGGUAAUGCAUUUCCAUCAUCAGUAUCAGGGUUUUGCAUGUUUUAUAAUUAUAAAAAUUACAUUGCAGCACAUUCAACUCUUUUCAAUUCUCUUUCAGGAAAGGUUGGAAAGAAGACGUCAGAUGCCAUAUCAUAUGCACAUCAAUCUUGAGCUCCUGGAGGCCGUACAUCUUGUAUCUGCUAUGCUGCUGGAAGUUCCUAAUAUGGCAGCAAAUAUUCAUGAUGCAAAACGUAAGGUCAUCAGUAAGACUUUCCGCCGCUUGCUUGAGGUAAGUGAUAAACAAACAUUCACUGGUCCACCAGAAAAUGUCAGAGAUCAUGUUAUGGCUGCCACAAGGUUUCUUAUCAAGGGAGACUUCCAGAAGGCUUUUGACAUUAUUGUGUCUCUUGAUGUAUGGAAAUUUGUGAGAAAUCGAGACACUGUGCUUGAAAUGCUGAAGGACAAAAUCAAGGAGGAGGCAUUGAGGACAUACCUGUUUACCUUCUCUUCAUCUUAUGAAUCCUUGAGCGUGGAUCAGCUCACAAAAUUUUUUGAUCUCUCUGUGUCUCGCACUCAUAGCAUUGUCAGUAGGAUGAUGAUCAAUGAGGAGCUUCAUGCAAGCUGGGACCAGCCAUCUGGGUGCAUUAUUUUCCAAGAUGUUGAAUACUCAAGGCUACAGGCAUUGGCAUUCCAGUUAACAGAGAAAUUAUCUAUCCUUGCUGAGAGUAAUGAAAGAGCAACGGAGGCAAGGAUAGGUGGUGGUGGAUUGGAUUUGCCUCUAAGGCGGAGAGAUGGCCAGGACUAUGCUGCUGCUGCUGCUGGUAGUGGAACAGCCUCUUCAGGUGGUAGAUGGCAAGACCUGUCCCAUUCUCAGCCAAGGCAAAGCAGUGGGCGGGCAGGGUAUGGUGGUGGAAGGCCAAUGGCAUUAGGCCAAGCAGCUGGUAGUGGCUAUUCAAGGGAUCGAAGAACAGGUGCUGGUUAUCAAAGUGCACGGUACCAAGAUGGUUCAUAUGGAGGUUCAGGGAGGACUCAAGGGGGUUCAGCAUUGAGGGGACCCCAGGGUGAUGUAUCUACACGCAUGGUUAGCCUUAAGGGUGUUCGUGCUUAAAGAAGUUUUAAAUUAUCUUCUGUACGUCAGUUUUGAUAACUUAUCUAAUG